AUGGCCUCGUUCAUUGUUGUUUUCGUCCUAUGUAUUUGGCUAUUGGCCUUCGCAGCCCCAGGUAUAGUGUUUCUAGAUGAAGAGAAAGCAGACAGCAUUUUGUGGAGACGCAGGCGGGCAAACACGGGACUGUUUGAAGAGUUCCUGAUGGGAAAUGUGGAGAGGGAGUGUAAAGAGGAGAAGUGUGUGCUGGAGGAGGCCAGAGAAGCGAUUGAAAAUGAUGAAAAGACAAUGGAGUUUUGGGCAGGUUAUGUGGAUGGCGACCAGUGUAAAUCCACACCCUGUCAGAACCGAGGCACGUGUGAGGACCAGAUGGGCACAUACACCUGUAACUGUCUGCGUGGCUUUGUCGGUCAAAACUGUGAAAUAGUGACUGCCAGGCAGUGUGAUGUUGAUAACGGUGGCUGUGAUCACUUCUGUAUUCUGCUGGAGUCUCAUGGGGCAGAAUGUCAGUGUGCAUCUGGUUACACACUCAUGGAAGAUGGUUUCAGUUGUGAGCCCAUAGUGAAGUUUCCCUGUGGCAGAACCACCAAAACAGCUGUGAGAUCAUUUGACAAUGGCUUAACCUCCACAAUAAACAAAACUGCACAGUCUUCCAACAGGACAGUCGCAUUCACAUCGAGCAUAUCCAAAACAGAAAAUCAGACCAGUUCAACAGCUUCUAAACAAAAGGGAAGCAAAGUCAUACCCUCUUUCAGUAAACUCCCUAGGUGGAAUCUGGAUGACUAUUUGAUGUCUCCUAUGCCAACAGAAAGUCACCCAAAAAGUAGAAUCGUCGGUGGCAAUCCAGCUUUACCUGGAGAAAUCCCUUGGCAGGUGGCGCUGGUGUCCCGCUCAAAGCAGCAAGUGUUCUGUGGGGGCUCCAUACUGAGCGAGGGUUGGGUCAUUACAGCUGCUCACUGUCUGGUGGGGAACCGGAAUGGAUCAUUCUUCGUCAGAGUUGGGGACCACGACAUCAACAAGAUCGAAGACACAGAGCAGAAUCUAGACGUGACCCGUUCUAUCUCACAUCCACGUUACGCCCCCAAAUUAAGCCUUUACAAUCAUGACAUCGCCUUGUUGCGGCUACGCACCCCCAUUCGGUUUACUCAAAUUGUACAGCCCAUCUGCCUGGGGCCCAUGAGCUUCUCCAACUCCUUGCUCCAGUCUGGAUCUUUGGCUAUGGUCAGCGGCUGGGGCCGGCUGCGCUUCCAAGGACAAACUGCGACGGUUUUACAAAAAGUUGAGUUGCCCUAUGUGGACAGAACAGUAUGCAUGGAAAGCAGUAGUGAUCAGAUUACCCACUUUAUGUUCUGUUCUGGGUACUCAAACACGCCGAAGGAUGCGUGUCAGGGGGACAGUGGGGGACCCCAUGCCAUGCGUUACCACAACACAUGGUUCCUAACAGGCAUUGUGAGUUGGGGAGAGGAAUGUGCCAAGAAAGGGAAGUAUGGUGUGUACACGCAGGUUGGUAAUUAUUACCGGUGGAUACAGUAUGUGAUGGGUGUUGCUAAGGAAACACUACUUGUUAAUGUGGAUGAAUGAUGCCUUGAUCUUGAAUUUUUGACAUCCAACAGCAAUAAAGGCUUUGUGUCGUAAUAAAAAAGUAAUUAAAAUGUUUUUUAAAGUGAUAUCACAUUCUGAUAUGUGAGAGUUAUCAAAAAUAAGUGGGUGAAGUUUUAGCAUUAAAGAGUUAGUUUACUGUACCUAAAAAUGACAAUUAUGUUAUUUAUAAUGUCUUUUUUUUGGUUUCUAAAAGAUGCUUUUGAUUCUCAUUUUGGGUGAACUAUCCCUUUAAACUGCAUGGCCAAUGAAUCUGCACAGCAUCAAUCAUUUAUGACUUUCACCCUUCACUGUGGUUGAAAGUCAAGGAAGUGUUUAUAAUCAAUAAUUGCCCUCAAUUGACAAAAAAAUUCUCCUGUUUCCUAAUGAAUAAACAGAUCUUGCUUCACGAUUAAAAUGGAUCUUGUGAGGAUAACUCUCAUUCUGACAGUGAGAACAAAAAUGCGCCCCCUUAUCUUUGAACUGCCACAGCCCUCAAAAGGAAACAGGGAAUUGUGGGAAGAAAACUGACGCUAGAAACCUACUCAAGAUUUCAUUUCAUUUUUAAAAAGCCUCGCGCCCCAGUUCUGAAAAUCAAUGGAUCUCACACAUGAGCACUGGAGGCAUCACAUCACUUACAUCUCGCCUGUGAAAGGACUGAUCUUAUCAUUUUGGCUGAGUUUAUGGGAUGUACCAACACAAUGCUUCUUAUGACAGAGGGAAUAAAACUCAUUAAAAAUUCUAAUUUAAUACGAUUUUAAACUGGGGAGUUGAAAACAACAUGCUAAAAAACCACUGGUAGAAAAAAAAACAUUUUCUAUGACUGCACUCAAAACAUUUGAUUUAACCCUUGUAACAAGUUCCCCAUGUGACAUCUUUUCCAGGUCUCACUUAUAUUUGUUUUUUACCCUAAACUCUUAUCAGGGGUGU